UCUCUCUCUCUGUCUUUCUCCUUUUCUCUCUCUGUUUCUCUCUGUCUCUUACUCCCCUUUUCAUUUGGGGAGGGGGAUCAACUAAGGAAUGGAUCCCAAGGAAUGUGAAGGGAAUGACAGAGAGAAUGAAAAAGAAGAGAAGAAAGAGAAGGACAGGAGGGUUAGGAGAAGGCCUUUUCUGAAGUAUCUGGAGAGAAGAAGGACGGAUACCAUUGUGGACGAUGACUUGUGUAAAGGGGACGUAAACAUCAACACCCUGGUGCGCAGGAGUCAGUCCGAUAAGACUGAGUACAGCGCCAAACUCAAAGGAAAACUGGCACCCCAUGAACUCCCGGCCUCCUUACUGGAGCCAGAGGAGAUCCGCAACAGAAAGAUGGUGAAAAGGUCAAAGGUCUUAAACGAGCUGGUGAGGACAGAAGAAGAUUACCUGAGAGACCUGGACCUGUGCAUCAGGGAAGUGCUGAUACCUCUACGCAAUGCACAGGUGGUGGAUGUAGAGCGUCUCUUCACCAACAUGGAGUCUGUGAGCGCUUUAUCAGCUGAGCUGCUGCUCAGACUGCAGGAGGCCACAGCAGAACCAGAUCCAGAAACACAGCUCAUAGGGGAGGUGUUCAUUCAGGCAAAAGGUGCGCUGGAGGAUGUGUAUAAGAUUUAUUGUUACCAUCAUGAUGAAGCCAGUGCUCUGUUAAAGAGUUAUGACACACAGGAGGAUGCACAACAGCACUUCAGGACCUGUAUAUCUGCACUCAAGCAGAUUUACGACCAAGAAGGGAAAUCCAACCUCCUAGACAUGGGGUCUUUACUUAUUAAACCUGUGCAGCGUGUGAUGAAAUAUCCACUCCUACUGGCUGAGCUGCAUCAGGCCACACCCAUUGAUCACCGUGACAGCCAGCCAUUACAGGAAGCUCUAACAACAGCAAAGAUCAUCAAUGCCAAUAUUAACGAGUUCAAGAGGAGGAAGGACAUUGUAAUGAAGUAUAAGAGGAGCGACGAUGAAGGAACACUGAAGGGAAAACUGAACAAACUGAACAUCCAUUCCCUCAGAAAGAAAUCUGACCGCAUCACUGGAUACUUUAAGAUCCUCACUGGAGUGGAACCACAGGUGCGUGACGAAGCCUUCGAUAAAGAGGAAAAACUCUUCCGUAAUCUAGAGAAAGCUGUCAGACAGCUGAUCAAAAACCUCAACAUCUAUAUGCUUCAUGCACAGGACAUGAUCCUGGUGGCAGAUGUGGAGGAGUUAGAGGCCAUCAUGAAGGAUCCUGAUAAAAUCGACACAGAUGGUUUUCAGAGCAGGAGAAAUGGUCAUGAUCCCUAUAAACACCUGGCUGAACAGAUGGACCGGUUGGUGCUGUCCCCUCUGUCCUCUCUACUGGCCAUGUUCUCAUCUCCUCAGAAGCUGAUCCAGAAGCGUUACGAUAAGCUGCUGGACUCGUGUUCCUCAGGCAGUGAGGAACAGCUUCCGGCUCAGCUCGACUACCAGGCUCUAAAUGCUCAGCUAACUGUCGACCUGCAGCGCUUUAACCAUGCCGCCCAGACUAUCCUCACCAACUGCCUGCUCAGUGUCAUCACACUGCUCAAGGAGCUGACUGAAGGGGCCAGACCACCUGUACACCAACUUCCUGCUCCUCUUUCAAACAUCAACGAGGUGCAGAACAGCAUCAUGGAGGAGAUUAACAACCUGACAUUCUUCAGGGAAAACUCACAGAGACUGAUGGAGAGAAAAGUCAGCUUUGAGAAACGAGAUAAGAAGAACAUGGUAGUGGAGAGUGUACAGCCCCAGACGGAGUGUGACAGGUCCAAGCUGAUCUCUCAGUAUCCUUCUGAUCAUCUAUACGAGCUGAAGAGGAAGUGUAACGCCACUCAGGAUCAGGAUGUUACACUUCUGCAGGGGGAACUGGUAGCUUUACUGGAGGACCACGACCCCUUUGGGAGCACCACCCGCUGGCUCGUCGACACUGGGAGCAUCCAGGGCUAUGUGUACUCCACCUUCCUGAAGCCGUAUAACCCUCAGCGAGACAUUCACAGCGAGCGCACUGAUGAUUUUGACAACCUCAGUCUCUUUGUGUCGGGCAACAGGAGAGGCAGUCACUCAAGCUUCAAUACAUCCACUCCAGCCAGUCAGCAGGAAGAGACACCGAAUACAGAGGAAGACGAGCAGCAUUUCUAUGCUGUGUAUGCAUUUGCGGCACGCUGCGAGCAGGAACUCAGUCUGCAGGAGUACCAGCAUGUCCGCAUCUUACAGUUCUCCGACCUCGGGGGAAACAAAGACUGGUGGCUCGCAGAGUCCAACGGCCAGAAGGGCUACGUCCCUGCUAACUACCUCGGCAAAAUGUCCUAUGCCUGAGGACAGGACACCUUGUCCGUGCUGUGUUCCAAUAUCAUGCAUCCUUGCCCACUUUCCCUUUUAGUGUCUUUUCUUCAGCACCAGUAAAGUGUAUUAGAAAAUGAGGGGUAACAUAGCAAGGAGUUCAUCUGCUCAUCUAAACGAGUCCAAAUCCAGUGAAAUGGUCUACAUUGUGAAGGGCAUGUGGUUUGAUUUGUGUCUAGAGUGGACUAAUGAUAUUGUUCAAACUUAAUUUGUCACACCGUACACAGUACAACAUGUAGUGAAAUGCUUCCUUCUUCUCUUAGCCUGUUUAUAGAUAGGUACAAAGAAGAUGGUGGUAUGGUCAGAUUUCCCAAACAGAGGAUGAGCCUCUGCCUUGUGUCUUGCGUCUAUAAAAGGGAUGCAGCAGUGGUCUAAUUCUUUUCUGGCAAUCUGUUAAAGUUUGGUGUGGCGCAUUUAAGGUUGGCAUUGUUGAAGUCUCCUGCCACAAUGAGUGCAGCGUCCUGGUGUUGUGUCUGGGCCUCAAUGAGAGCCUCAAUAAGACAGUGGACAAGCACAGUGUGUCUGAGCAUACCUGCAUGGAUCCAGU